UUUCCUCUGAUUGGAUACUAUAACCGAGGGAGAAGAGGAUGAAGAUCAUCCGCUUUUACAGGAAGAAGGGUGGCAGAAAACUGAGCUCCUGAAGGCUACAGCAUUGCUUGGUCCUGGCCUCAUCCCUCCAGUCUCUGCUUCUGUGGUCGCUUAGCCUUCUACUCACUCUGGUCUCCUGCCUCCCCCUGUAAGGAAGGGCCCACCGAGAUAACUCAGGCCUCUCUCUCCAUUUGAAGAUCUGUACCUUUUGCCAUAAAAGGACUUUGUCGUAGCCUUCCUCUGACCUGGGCUUGAAAUAUCCUGUUGUCAUUCAUGAUGCUAGAGUACAAAUGAAGACAGUAAAAGUAUCCUACCAUCCUGCAAAUCAGACUUGUUUCUGUCCUCACUCCAUUAUUCCAUGACCCCAUGGAGAUUUAGAUCCUGAGGCAAAGACUUGGUAGCAAGAAAAAGGCUCCUCCGCUGGCCCUGCUGGUGGUUUUCGCUGCUCACAUCUGGCAAGUGCCGCUGGCCCCGGUGCCAGAGAAGAUCCUCUGUGACCAGCUGCAGCCUGGAGCAAUCUCGAUAACAGAUGGAUGCUCCCUGUUUGGAAAUAGGAGCUUAAGUGAAGAAUCGAGAAGGCCAGUCUCUGGUCCACGCGCACGUCCCCAGAGAAUCUAGCAGAGGGGCUGACGCUGUUGGGAGGAGCCGCUCACAGCGCUGUCCUCCCCUCAAGCAACAGGAUGGAGCCUCCACUCGGGACUCAGCAGGGAGCCAUGCAACCCCUGGUCGCGGACAACUUUGAAGCCUGCCUGCUGGAUAAGGUGGACCAGAGGCGCCGGUGGGUGUCCCAGAUGGUGGAUGAGGUGCAGAAGGUCGUCUACCACCUGACCACAGAAAUCAGCAACCAGGACAUCCGCUUCCAAGCCAUCCCGUACUCCCUGAUGUACAACGGGAACAUCACGGUGUUGUCCCCCAGCCAGUUCCUCGUCACAGUCCCAGUGAGAGGCCUGUCUGGGUACCGGGAGGCCAGGGAGCAGCGCUGGCGGUACUACACACUGCAGGGCGCCAGGCUCACCUGCCCCCAGCGGAGCCCCGAGGGCCUGCAGCAGUGGCUGGAGGUGCAGCAGUUCAUGAAGAACCUGUGGCAGUGGCACAAGGCAGACGUGAGCAUCGAGGGGGACAUUGUGCCCGCCAAGGUGCUCCAGGUGUUCCGGAAACUGGUGGAAAACGCCAUCGAAACCUGUCACCUGUCAGGAAAGGUCAGCGUGCUCACCACCGGCAUCACAGUCCAUGUUGCCAUGGAAACAUCCGAAGGGCAGGUGGAGAUCGAGCUGGCCCCGGAAGUGGAGAUCCCCACCGCCUGGUCCAAGAGAGCCCCGUGGCCUCGGUGUCUGUCCCGCUGGCCCUCCUCCGACAGGGCGAAGUGCGUCAAGGUACCAUCGUUUGGGUUCUCCCUGUUGGCCCGUUGGCAUUAUCACUGGCAGCUGAGCUUCCUGCAGGCCGAGCGGGCGCUGCUGGAGCACCUGGACGAGGACGGGGGCUGCCGCCGGCGGUGCUUCCAGGCCCUGCGGCAGAUGAAGGAGGACGUCUGGUGUCCAGGGCGGAGGCCUGUGAUCACGUCCCACCACCUGCAGACAGUGCUCUUCUGGACUUGCGAGAAGUAUCCCCACGCCAAGGACUGGCGGGUCUUCAGCAAAGGGCUCCUGCGCCUGGCGAGGAAGCUGCACAAGUGCGUGCGCCAGCGCUUCCUGAAGCACUUCUUCGUGCGCAGCGGCAACCUCCUCCAGCACGCCGCCUCCACCGAGCUGGACGCCGUGGCCCAGAAGCUGGCCCUCUUCCUGAAGGACCCCGGGUCCUCCUGCAGGCUCCUGACCUUCCACUCCAGCUCCAGCUCUGUGGAUGGGUGCAGGCAGGUGCCAGGUUCCUGCUCAGGAGAAAAGCACCGGGUGGCGAAGGGAGUCAUGCCGACCAGUAGCACCUCAGAGGCCUGACCAGGCCUCCCUGGGCCACGCAAGCCCUGGCCCUCGCCAUCGCUAGCUACCUCUCUCAGGGACAGCUCUCAUCCAGCUGCCCCGAGCAAACUGAUGACAGUUCUGAGUCUGUUUCCCUUGCUCAGCUGCGGAUGGUCCAACGGGGAGGAUGGAGACAGAGCCCCUGGAAGCCAGGCAUCAGCCUGCUGCCCAGCCCUGGUCCCCCAGCCCGCCAGCCACGGGUUCAUUGUUUCCAUUUGGGAAAUGGGACUGUGACUGUGCCUCGCUGAAGGCGGGGCCGAGAGCCCGCGGACUGUGCGGUGCCCUUCGAGGAGAAGGCAUCGGAUCAGCACUCCGUGCUGCUGUUGGUUUAUGGCCGGCGUUCGCAUCCCGGAUGAGUACCUGACUGCUGAUUAAAUGAUUGCGUCUGUUGCA